AUGCAAUGCAAGUCAAAACCAUUCACAUUUAACCAUGCUGAUAUCUCAACUCCCGAUAUUAACGAGGUUAUGUGGUCUACAAUUCUUGAUCAACAUCAGUCUCGAGCUGAUCCCAUGUUUGCCAAUCUCGUUGUCGUCGGAAACGCGUUCUCCAGUUUGAAUCACCAGGCAGAGGCAGACAGACGCAUGCUCAUCAACAACGACAACGAGAAAUUAAAGUCCUUGCAGCAGCAUCACCCUGAACACUUGGUUUUCUUGACAACCAAGCACAAGUCAAAGAUUGGCCGACACCAAAAGUACGCGAACAUGAGCCAGAGAGGCACCUCGAUCGAGAGCCGCCUGGGAGUUGACCCAAUCAGACUUUCCGGGAAUUGGACAGCUUUUGUUGUUAUCCGAUAG